AUGAAGGAGUACCGAGCAAAGAGCAAGGAGUUAGAAGUGCAGCCAUCUUUGGAAAACACCACAUGCCACCUUCUGAUAGCAGAGUUUCACAAAACUUACUCUGAAGAGGGGUUCGAGAGUGGCGGCGGCCGCCGAGCGUCUGGCAGGCCCGGCCACGGAGGAACGCCCCGAGCGCGCGCCCGGCGGGCAGCGGCCCGACCACCCGCGCCGCCGCCGCAUGCAGGGGCGAGGAGGGCGAGGCGUGAGGAGCUGCGGCGGCGGGAGAUGCGGGCGGCGGCGGGCACCCGGCGGGCUCGGCUCGGCCGCUGCCGCCUUCUCCGGCUUCGCCGCGCGGUCGUAGCGGCUGCCGCGCCUUCCUCGAGUUUCCCGCGUGAGGAGGCGGCUGAGGGCGCAGAGGCGCAUCGUGUUUGA